GACUCUACUGUUGUCUUUAGGUGAUGAGUACCCCCUCUCCUAUGCAUGGUAGUAACGGACCCCCAGGACCUGGUGGUUUACCACCACCACACAAUACUAUGACCCCCACACCACCAGCUCAGGGCCACACUCCAGCUCCCUCUCCUGGACCACAAAUUUUAGGCUACCCGCCACAGGGACCCCAUCAACCCAACAUGCCGCAGUAUCAUAUGAUGAUGAUUCCUAGUGGCGCCGGGCUCCCUCAAUUUCACCAGGGUCCCGGUAACCCUGGGAUGGGUGGAAACCAGCUUGUGGGCCAACCUAAUAUGCCGCAACAUUUUCAGUAUAUUCAGCAAGGCGGGCAACCAAUCCAUAUGAUGCCCCAGCACCAUCAGCAGCAUGGUCAGCACCCUCAGCAUCAACAGCAUCCACAACAUCAUCAACAUCAACAACAGCAACAGUAAGGAGAAGGAGGGGUUGAGUGGAUGGCAUGAGUAUGAGUAUACAUACUGUUCAAGAAUCCUAGAUCAACGCAACUUAUUGGGUUUUAACGUUUUCAAACACUAAAUACGGCAAACAAUUAUGUUCUAAAUUUGAAACCAAGCGAAACUAUGAAGAAAUUAUGGAUUAUUAAUUUAAAACUAAUAAAAAAUAAAACUUUUUUAUACUC